AUGUUCUCGCCGAUCGCCUUAAGCUUGGAUUUCAUUACCGAACUCUCGCUUACGAAGACGGGACAUGACUCUAUCUUUGUGUUGGUUGACUCCCUUAGUAGGGUGGCACACUUCGUCCCCGCGAAAAAAACAUUCACAGCCGCAGAUACAGUGGAUGUUCUCGCCGGUCGCCUUAUUCGUUAUCAUGGGCUACCAGAGGCCUUCAUUUCGGACCGUGAUCCACGUUUCCAAUCAGAUCUAUGGCAGCAGCUGUGUACGCGUUUUAACAUCAAACGCGCCUUAUCCUCCUCGUACCACCCCCAGAGCGACGGCCAAACUGAACGAGUAAACCGCACGCUCGAGCAAAUGCUCCGCACCUACAUUCAAUCUGACGAACGCGAAUGGGAGCGAUUAUUACCUGCCCUCGAGCUCGUGUACAACACCACUAACUAUUCUUCCACUGAGCUUUCCCCCUUCGAGGUCAUGAUUGGGGAGAACCCCCUGACCGCAGCGGACCUCGAUGUCGUUGGUGCCCUCUCCCCUACUCCGCCGAUGACCAAGCUCUUCCGCCAGCUCUGCGACCGGGCGCAGAGUCAUAUACUGAAGGCAAAGGGCCUACAGAAGCACUACGCAGACACCCACAGCCGCGCAGUGAAGUAUGCGGUGGGCGACAAAGUCUGGCUCAGUAGCAAGCACCUUCCCGCGAUAACCGCAUGCCCUAAGUUUGAACCCCGUUUCCGAGGACCCUUCAUUAUUACUGAGCGCAUUGGGAGUGUUGCCUACCGCCUGGCGUUACCCCCAACGUACGAAUGCCAUGAUGUCUUCCACGUUUCCCAGUUAGGUCCUGACUGCCCCCGCGCCCCUGACCUGGAACCUCAGGAGGCCGUUGUGGGAUGGCCUCCUACACGAGACGUGGCAGGUAACCCCACGGAUCGGUAUGAAGUCGAUUACAUUAUGGAGCAGCGUCGGUUCGGCGACGAGUUCCAAUACCUUGUCAAGUGGCGGGGCUACCCGGAGGAGCAAGCCACCUGGGAACGUGCUAGCCAUCUGGACGGUUGCCCUGCACUGCUGCGCGCCUGGCGCCGCCGUCACAGGAACCGCCGUCCUCGCUGA